AUGAAUAAAAAGAAGGGAGAAAGAAUUCUCGAACCUAAUCACCAUUUGAAAAUUAGUAUGAGAAUAUUACGAAAUAUGGGAACUUUACCACCGAAAUUGACCGGUUUUUAUAAAACAAUGUUCUUUGUUUACAGCUUUUGCUUCUUUAUGUUUACAUUAGGAGUUUAUCUUUUUGUAGAAAUUGUUAAUAUUAUUAUUAAUUGUAACAAUCUUGCGAAAAUUGCUUCUGGAGUUCCACUAUUCAUCACGAACUCUCUGCACGCUUAUAAGUUUAUUCUCAUUGUUUGGCAUCAUCAAAAAAUACACAAUCUACUCUCAAUCAUUGAGUCUUCAGUUUUUUCGAAAGAUAAUGUAAGAUACAAAAAAGUACUGUCAUCGUUUGCUUGGCAAGGUAUAGUUCAUCAUUGUACUUAUCAAAUAAUCGGUGCUUUCGGUGUUACAUCUAUGUCUUUAAUACCAAUAAGUGCACUUGUAAAUGAUAACGAAAGAAGAUUGCCACUUGAUGGAUGGUAUCCUUUUGACACAACAAAAUCAAUUGCUUUUGUUAUUACAUGGACACAUCAGGCAGUGGCAAUUAUAAUGUGCUGCAUCAAUAAUUUGGCCAUCGAUUCUUUUAUAAGUGGUCUAAUCAAUGUCGCAUGCUGUCAAUUUGAAAUACUAAAAUUAAAUAUAGCCUCAAUAGGGGACAAUAGUGAAAAAAAUAGUCUUUCACAAAAUUCAAUCGAAAAAGUAGAUGAAGAUUUGGUUGACAAGAAGAUUAAAGAAAAAUUACGUAAAUGCAUUGAGCACAAUUUGACUAUUUAUGAUUUUAUUAACGAACUUCAAAAUAUAUUCUGCACAGCAAUUGGUUUACAAUUAUUUAUCAAUUCUGUAGUUAUUUGUUUAUCAACAUAUUCUGUAUCACAGAUGACGACAUACGUUCCUGCAGAAUUAAUUGGACACAGCUUUUAUGCACUGUGUAUGACCUAUCAAAUUUUUAUUUACUGUUAUAAUGGAAAUGAGUUAUACCUUCAAAAUGAAAAUUUAGGUACAGCAAUUUAUAUGGGAAAUUGGUUGAACUUAAAAUUACGUUAUAAAAGGGAUUUACAAAUUAUAAUGUUGAGAUCACAGAGACCACUUAUUUUUUACACUGAUUUUUUAAUUAAAUUAACUGUACAAACAUUCAUGUCGAUAAUUCAAACAUCUUAUUCGAUGUUUACUCUUCUUCACAGAAAACAAGUCAGUUCACAAUCAAUUUGA